AUGGGGAUCGUAGCAUUCCAAUGGGGAGAGGGAGAAAACCAACUGACGCUGCUGCAAAACAGAGACAAUUGGGAUUCAUGGGAAACAAAACCGGCUACUUGGGAUGAAAGUAACCAGAUACUGAGUGUUCUGCCUGUGCAUAGCUUUGGGACAUGGUUUGGUAUUUCUAAACAAGGCCGACUUGUUUUUCUUGUGAAUCCACCAAAGCUCAACAAUCUUAGUCCUGUGUUGCGUCCUGUUGAUUUCUUACUGCGUGAAAUGAGUCCAUGGGACUUUGCAAGGGAAUGGUCUGAAAAAUCCAAUCUUGCCAAAAUCAUGAACAGAGGGAUGACUUAUCACAUAGUUGUGGCAGAUAUAAAGUCAAAAUCAAUGGUUUAUAUCUCCAAAGGGUCUGCAAAGGAUUCACAUGUCCAUACGGAAGAGGUUGGUUUUGGUGUGCAUACCCUUUCUUCUUCCGGACUCGAUAUCCAAUUUCCCGAGUAUUUACAUCGUCUGAAAACCUUUUCCUGUGAGAUCAUGAGUGACAUUAAGGACAAAGAAGUAACACCAAUGAAGGAGCUUGCUGAGAGGUUUACCAUGUAUGAUCCAUUUGAAACUGACAAAGGAGAAUCUGAAGACAUAUUUGGGAAAGAUAGACAGUAUGAAAUAACGAGUACAAUAGCAUUGGCGGUGAAACGCAAUAAGGAAGUCAUGUUCCAUGAGAGGUUUUGGGAGAACAGCAAAUGGAACCCCAACGACUUCACUUUCAACAUCACCUAG